UACGUAAAACCGUGACUAGUUCGCCUAGUGCAGGGUAUGAUGACGUGGCACGAACGAGCCAUGAUAGUAUCGACCAUUAUCUUGAAAUUUAUAAAAAUGGUCUGGAAAUUGAAAGUUUCCAGUAUUCCUAA